GCAGCACUCAGUCCAUAGUCUCAGGAAAAAAGCAAAACGACUUGGAACACUCAAGACAUAUCAGAAAACCACGACAUCGAACAUCGGAAUCAGGUCGUAGAGGUAUCGAGGAAUCCAAGCUUGGCCAUCGAUCAUCGUCGAUCGUGCUCUAGGCUCGAUGGACUCAUCAAGAAUCGCCCAAAAAACUUUUGAACUUGAAAACCAAAUUCAGCCUCUAGAACAGGAUAAAAUAUUCAGAUAUAACGCCGAGGAACAGAAAGCAAUCCAGAAAGAGGCACGAUGGAAGAAAGAUCCUCAUUACUUCAAAAAGGUUAAGGUCUCUGGUGUCGCUUUAAUCAAGAUGGUCAUGCAUGCUCGAUCAGGCGGGCAAUACGAAAUCAUGGGCCUCAUGCAGGGCAAGAUUGAUGGGGACACGUUUGUUGUAAUGGACUCAUUCGCGUUGCCUGUUCAAGGAACAGAAACUAGAGUUAAUGCGGCUAGUGAAGCUAAUGAAUACAUGGUCGAGUUCCUUGAAAGAUCAAAAAAUGUUGGACGAUUGGAAAAUGUUGUGGGAUGGUAUCACUCUCACCCUGGCUAUGGCUGCUGGCUAUCAGGAAUUGAUGUCAGCACCCAACUGACGAACCAAACAUACACCGACCCAUUUGUGGCGAUUGUUAUCGACCCUAACCGAACGAUCUCAGCGGGCAGAGUCGACAUUGGCGCCUUCCGCACCUUCCCUGAAGGCUAUACUCCUCCUUCGCUCGGAAAGAAUAAGGACGACGAAUACCAAUCAAUCCCGUUGUCUAAGAUCGAAGACUUCGGCGCCCAUGCUAACUCUUAUUAUGCCUUGGAAAUCGAACACUUUAAAUCUAGUUCAGAUUCUAAAAUCUUGGACCUCCUGUGGGAAAAGUAUUGGGUGAUGACUCUCAGUCAAAACACAUGGCUUUCAAAUCGUGUAUACACGACUAGUCAAAUCCAAGAAAUGACUGACAAACUAACAAAAUCGAGCAACUCGCUAUCGAGCAACAACAAGCGAAUUAACCUGAAGACAUUGAUACCCGCCAACUUGCGAAAUGUGAUCGACAACGAGAAUAGUCAUUCGAACAAUAACAGUAAUCCCGACAACUCGGUUCAACCUCAUUGCCAACAUCAGCUGUUCCAUGACGUCUUGAAAGACGUCGAAAAAUUGGAGGUCGAAAACUUGUGUGGCAUGUUUGGUCAGAUUAUCAAACAUGUCUUGUUUAACAACAAUUUUCAAAAGUCUCAGCUCGAGUUCCCUAUGUAAUAAAAACCCCUUGUUUAUUGUUAUUUGAUUGCCAUGUAAUGAACGAAAAAAAGAGGAGAAAACGUGUGGAUUAAAGGGGAGAUGAUCAUCCUAAAGGUUUGCGUUUAUUUCCAAAUCCAUGUACAUCCAAUCCUGUUUUCUUCUUUGAGCCAUUUGCCAUGGCCAAGAAUUGAUGAAAUAAAUAGCCCUCACAUUGCAGUUUCUGCUUGCUGCACAGGUGUACUGUUACCCAG